AUAUGUUCUGGGAGAACUUCGGAAACCUGAGUUACUCCACCAUCUACCAGAAAAUAAUGCUCUUGCUGAACUAUGUGGAGGGAUGAUAUCUGCUUGGGAAAUAUAUGGUAACAAAAAGGCUGUUAUAAUGUUUGUGAUAGAAGAUGUUACCUACAACAUCUGUGAUCAGCGUUUCCAUGAAUAUGAGAUUCGACGACAGAGGCCGGAUAUCCAUGUCAUUCGUCGGAACCUCACGCAGAUCAGUAAAAAUGGGAAGUUAACUAAUGACAAAAGAUUGAUAAUUGAUGGUGACGAAAUAGCUGUAGUAUACUUCCGAGCAGGAUAUGAACCAGGCCAGUACCAUAGUGAAAAAGAGUGGGAAGCUCGUCUCACCAUUGAGAGAUCAAAAGCCAUCAAAAGCCCAAGCAUUCAGUACCAUUUGGCAGGCACUAAAAAGGUUCAGCAAGAAGUUGCACGUCUUGGGGUUUUACAAAGAUUCCUUUUAGAGUCUGAAGCAAACCUUGUUGGCCAAUUGUUUACUGGGCUCUACAGUCUUGAUUUGGGCCCUGAAGGUGAUGAGGUAAUAAAGAUGGCGAUGGAGAACCCAGAUCGAUUUGUCCUCAAACCACAGCGAGAAGGAGGUGGCAACAAUAUGUAUGGUGAUGAAAUUAAAGAGUUCCUGGAGAAGGUGAAAGACACUCCGGCAAGGGAAGCAUAUAUCCUCAUGGACAAGAUCAGACCUCCCAUGCAGCACAACUACCUUGUUCGUGGUGGAACUGAAGUGAAAUUGUCUGAGGUUGUUUCUGAAUUGGGCAUCUUUGGAGUUUUGAUUGGGAAUGAGAAGGAGAUCAUGAUUAACAAGUUUGCAGGCCACAUGCUUCGAACUAAGUUAUCAUCUGCAAACGAAGGAGGAGUUGCAGCUGGAUUUGGUGCUCUAGAUUCAGUCUUUCUGUUUGACUAAAUAGAAAAGGAUAUAAAACCUUAACGACAUAGUGAGUGUGGUUGUCUAAAUGGGGGUCUUAUGUAUAUUUUUUUGUCAAACAGAUUUAUGGUCAGACCCAAAGUGAAAGCAAUGGAUUUUAUGUUGAGAUUACAAUUUUACUAGAAAUAUAAAAUGCUAAAUGAAAUAUUUAUUCUAAUUUGAAUUCAAAUUUGCACUUGUACAUUUUGAAUAUCUAAAACUUGAAAUCAAUACAGUGUAUAGGACUUUAAUGAAAUAUUGAUAUUUUUUUAUAUGUGUAGGGUAAAUAGAAAACUGUUAGUAUGAUUUAGAGUGUACACACUUUCAGUAGCUUUAUUGAAUAGCAAUAACAGCAUAAUUACUAAUGUGAACUCGUGUGUGUGUACUAUGUUGAGUAACAGAGGGCUUUAUUACGAAGACUGGUACUGUGCAUUUCAAAGUAGAGUGUUUGUUCUUUGGAAAGACAGGAUGCAGCAUAUAGUUGAAUAAUAUAUGAGAGAAUAGUAAGAACUUCAGAGAACACCGAAUUGAAAAAAUAUCAUUAUUUGACCCGAAGGCUGUAAGUAAUCUAACUGGAGAGUAUAGUAUAGUUGAUUUCAUUGUGAA